AUGGGCUCUCAACCAGACUACAGCCAACCGCCUCUGCGGCUGUCCUUUGCAGGCUUCCUCUGGGACAUGGACGGCACCAUUAUUGAUUCCACACCGGCCAUUGAGAAGCAUUGGCACACGAUAGGGAAUGAGAUUGGCGUCGAUCCCGAGACCAUCCUCAAGACCUCUCACGGUCGCCGCAGCAUAGACACGCUCAAGAUUCUCGCCCCAGAAAGGGCAAACUGGGAAUACGUUGCCAAGGUCGAGGGCCAGCUCCCCGUGCUCUACGCGCACCUCGCCACCGAGAUCCCCGGCGCGCGGGCGCUCCUGGACGGCAUGAUCGCCGCGGCCGCGCCGUGGGCCAUCGUCACCUCUGGCACCGAGCCGCUCGUGCACGGCUGGCUGGGCCGCAUGAAGCUCGCCGUCCCGGAGCACCUCGUCACCGCCGAGUCGGUCCCCGAGGGCAAGCCGGACCCCGCGUGCUACCGCAUGGGCCUCGACAAGCUGCGGCUGGCGGACGUCGCCGGGGAGGUGCUCGUGCUCGAGGACAGUCCCGCGGGCAUCAGGGCCGGCAAGGCGGCGGGGUGCAAGGUGCUCGGGCUGGUGACGAGUCACACGGCGGAGCAGGUGGCGGCCGCGGAGCCGGAUUGGAUUGUCAAGGACCUGACGUCGGUGCGCGUGGUGGGCUCAGAGGGCGGAAGGGUGACGAUUGAGAUUAAGGAUGGGUUGAAGCUGUAA